CUGAUAUCACCAUAACUUUGUAACCAUGUGACAGUAAAAGCAAGUUUACCCACAAAAUAUGUUUGGGGAAGGACAUUUUACAUACUUUUAAAUCAGUUUUUAUAUACAUUCGGUAAGAAAUAUUGCAAUAAAAUGCCUCUUCAUCCUCUAACUGAAAUUAGCCAUCUCCUUCAAGAUGACACCCCAUCGACAAAGUUCAUGAAGCAGACUCUAGAGUCAGAUGAUUUAGUGGUUUUCACAGACAGCAAGUUCAGAGACACCUAUAAGAUGACAAAACACGCUAUGGAGAUCAUGGAGGUGAAGUGGAAGGCUGUGAUUUUGUAUGACGAAGAAUACAAGGAUCUCAAGCCAGGCAUUGAGCAGCUACUUGAAAAGAUCACCAACAACGCAGUUCCUCCUCAUGUGUUCUACAAACAAAAAUAUUACGCGAGUGGUCGCAUAAUAUCCAGACUGUAUGCUCAUGGAGAAUUGGAGACUUUGUUAGGAUUGGAUGCGGUUCUGGUUCAUUAGUUUUCAAACGAGUCCAAUCUCUACCAAUUA